AUGGACAAUACGAUGCCCGACGACGCCUCCCGCCUGUGGGCUAUUAAGCAGGAAAAAGCUGACGAGUUGAGCGCGAUGCGUGCCCAAGGCGCGCAGGCCUCGAACACCAAAUCAACUAUCCAGACUAGUAGUGGCGUCGUGUCUACGCCUGCCACAGCCGGCCCAAGCCGACCGUUUCCUACAAUCUCGAAGAACGAGGGCAAAUCGCCGACGCCUUCGAGGUAUACCCCACAGUUUACAGCCUCAACCAAGCAAAUUUUGAGCCGAAUAAAGAACGAGAAUGGCAGUGGAAGCAACUCCUCCCCGUCCCUGGGCUUUACCACCGCCCAACUCUCCGCCCCAGCAAAGGCAACUUACGAGGAUGUUAAGCGCAGACUCGUAGAGACGCUCAGCACAUCUACAACUUUGCCAAUGCCGACAGCAUCACCAAGACCUACCGCAGGAGCCGCCACGCAUGCCAAUCAAUUGCCAUCACCUAAUGUGGGCAAGAGAAAGCGAGGACCAGACGAGCAUGACAGCAGGCCACCAACGCGCCCCACACCCCGAGACGAACCUCAGCCCGUUGCCAUCCAGCCCCCGAAACCGCCUGCCAAAAGGAAACGCGUCAAGGAUUCUUCCAUGUGUGUGAAGUGCCAGCGCAGCUCGGAUACUGCCGCAAACCUAAUCAUCACUUGUGGCUGCGGCGAGGCCUGGCACCAGCUCUGUCACGAUCCCCAGGUCUCUGAGGAAAUAGCCAGCAAUCCUGCCUCUUUCAAGUGCAGCACUUGCGUCGUCGAAGACAAGGCGCAGGCUAACUACCAAGCCAAACUGACUAAGUACCGCGAGGCGAAACAGCAGCAAUCCGAUCUGAAGAAGCAGCGGGCCGAAGUGGAGAGAAUGAGGUCGAGGAAUCUCGAGGGUCUGCCGGAUUUUAUCAAGCCUGAGCUGGUAGGAUUCGGGGCUGGUGAUGCCAGUACUGAUGCGAGGAGAGAGUAUUUCGAGGAACUCCGUAGGACUGACUUGCUCAAUCUACUGUCUUUCAGUGAGCGAAUCAAGCCUGGUCUGUUGGUGGACAUUCUCGUUUCGGUGUCCAAAAAGCAGCCAGAUCUUCCCAUCUUUCGUUCGCCAGACUGGGCUCAGCCGAGGGCGCAGCCCGAAAGCUCUCGCACGAAUGUUCUCGCAAACGGCACUGGAAACCACUUGCCACCCAAGCGUUCCAAGCAACGCUCCAAGCCGGGUGGUGUGCGCCCGAUUUUGCAGUUGACGACCGCCCCUGAGGCCGAUGCUGUACCAGAGGACAACGAGGACGAUUAUCUUCACCCUAAUUGGCCCAAAGCAGGAAAGGGACUCUAUGCCACCCUGCCCCCGGAGAAGGAAGACUCACAUUACCUGGAGGACGAUAACGACGAGGAGGCAUUCAGCCAUUUCUUUUCGCACCAGAUGGAUGUCGACGACGGCGAUGAGGGCAGUGCCAGCAGUAAGACCAAGGGGAAGGGAAAGGCGGUUGCCAGGAUUGCCGCUCAGAAGCCAGCCCAGAAGCCAGCUCAGAAGCUGGGUACCAGCACCAGCAGCAACAAGGCGAAGUUGAAGGGGGAAUCAGCCCCUGCGGGAUCGGCGACUGAACUGAUAGAACUCGACAAUGGCGAGGGCAGCAGCAAGGCGAAGGGAAAGGGGAAGGCUGUCUUGAUUGUACCUGUCGUUGAGCUUGACAUCGACAACGGUGAGGGAAGCAGCAAGGGAAAGAGCAAGAUUCCGAGGUACACGGGGGGCGCGGCGACGAAGACGGCAAAGUCUAGAGCCAAGAGUACCAAUAAGGGAGGCAAAGCGAAUAAGGACCCGAAUAAGACGGCGACGACGAAGACGACAGCAGCAACAACGACGGAAGCUAUGAGGACCGCCGCUGUGGUAGUACAUCCCGCGCAGCCGCAACGCCGCGGUCGCUCUACAAGGACGAGUCUGUCAGCGGCUGCCGAUGCUGAGCUUUACACCAACCAUCCGGAAGCCCGAAAGCUGGCGGCCUGGUUCUAG